UCAGUGGAACGGGGCGCGGCUGAGGCGGCCACGUGACCCUCGCAGGUAGAGUCACUUCCUUCACGGUGAUGACGGACAUGGCAGGAAUUUGUGGUAGGAAACGAAGGAGCCGUCGGAGAGAAAACAGACUUUCUGAAGCGUUUCUUGAGCAAUUUCUUGAAACUAACGCCGUUUUUAACGCAGCCCCGGGUGCCAGGGUUGUUUUAACGCACAGAAAAGGGUUCGGCGCGCUUUAUUUAGUUUGUUUUGUUUCGUGAAAACAAUACCUACCUGUUUCUCUCCCCCGCUCAAGACGCAGAAACCGAGUCGCUGUGUGUUUUCUUUUUGACUUGGAAAGUUUUUGGUGUCGUCAUGGAUUACAACAUUUAAAACAGAAAGAAAGACAGGAAAAAAAAAAACGAGGUUGUUGAUUAUGUUUAUAAGAAGAUAUGCAAACCAUGUUCUAGGUGUUAAUCGGAUUCUCUUUUUUUGCAGAGUAUAUUAUUAUAUAUUAUAUACUGUAUACGAGCAAGAACGAAUAGAAACAUUAGCAAGCGAUUAUUUCUAGCAAAAUGCAUGUCGCCGUUUUUUAAAAUUCUUGGUUGAACCGCCUACGUUUUUAUUUUGCUUUUAAUAAAAUAUGCAUUUUUUGGUAUUGCUAGCAAUACCAAUAACACUGCAAUGGAGCGCAUUCUCUGCACACGUCUAACGCGAAAAAAUCAAGUCGGCCGAUUUAUGUAUUUGAUGUAACUUUUGUGUUACGUAAUUGCCAUCGAUACCGUUGCUUGCUCGUUGAACAUUUUACGUCGAUUAAGAACAUUUGCUAUUCAGUUUAGAGAUUCAUUUUUUUAUUGUACUUGUUUAGAGUUGGUUUUGCUUUUGGUUUCCCCCCACUGUUUUCUGUUAAUUUUGGGGGUCAGAUUGAUUUGAACCCCGGUCCCAGCAGCCAUGGCGUGGGCUUUGAAGCUGCCCCUGUCGGACGAAGUGAUCGAGUCGGGUCUGGUGCAAGACUUCGAUGCAAGUCUGUCCGGUAUCGGUCAGGAGCUCGGAGCUGGGGCUUACAGCAUGAGUGAUGUGCUUGCGCUGCCCAUCUUCAAGCAGGAGGAGUCGAACCUCCCCCCAGACAGCGAGAACAAGAUCCUGCCUUUCCAGUACGUGCUGUGUGCCGCCACCUCGCCCGCCAUCAAGUUGCACGAUGAGACCCUCACCUACCUAAACCAAGGGCAGUCCUACGAGAUCCGCAUGCUGGACAACAGGAAGAUGGGGGAGCUGCCUGAGCUCACGGGGAAGAUGGUGAAGAGUAUUAUCCGCGUGGUGUUUCAUGACCGACGGCUGCAGUACACCGAGCACCAGCAGCUGGAGGGCUGGAGGUGGAACCGACCCGGCGACCGGAUCCUGGACCUGGACAUCCCGAUGUCGGUGGGAAUGAUCGACCCGCGAGCGAACCCGACGCAGCUCAACACUGUGGAGUACCUGUGGGACCUGUCCAAAAGGACCUCUGUCUUCAUUCAGGUUCACUGCAUCAGCACGGAGUUCACCAUGCGCAAGCACGGCGGGGAGAAGGGGGUCCCCUUCCGAGUGCAGAUCGACACCUUCAAAGAGAACGAGAACGGGGAGUACACCGAGCACCUGCACUCCGCUAGCUGUCAGAUCAAAGUGUUCAAGCCCAAGGGAGCGGAUCGGAAGCAGAAGACAGAUCGUGAGAAGAUGGAGAAGAGGACCCCACAGGAGAAGGAGAAAUACCAGCCCUCCUACGAUACCACCAUCCUCACCGAGUGUUCUCCCUGGCCCGAGGUCUCCUAUGUGUCCAACUCGCCAGCUCCCAGUUUCACCAGCUCCCACGCCAGCUUCACAGUGGCAGAGGGUAACGGUUCCCCGACUCACCAGCCGGAGCCUGUUGCUGCACAGAUCCCUGAUUUACCCUGCAAUAUCCUAAGAAGCGAGUGUCCGAGCAGCCAGAACCUGUUGCCCACGGCGACGCCGCAGGAAGCCCAGCAGUGGCUGCUCCGGAAUCGCUUCUCCUCGUUCUGUCGGCUCUUCAACAACUUCUCAGGGACGGACCUGCUGAAGCUGACCCGCGAGGAUGUCAUUCAGAUCUGCGGACCGGCCGACGGGAUCCGGCUGUUCAACGCUGUGAAGGGCCGGGUGGUCCGGCCCAGACUCACUAUCUACGUGUGCCAGGAGUCCCAGCAGACCCGCGAGCAGCAGAAACACGAGAACGGAGACGCGGCCGGGGGCACCUUCUUCGGUGAGCCACUCGGGGAGCAGUCAGGGGCGCGGGGCUCACUGCCAGGAGCACUGUAUCACGCCAUCUACCUGGAGGAGCUGACGGCAGCGGAGCUGACUGAGAAGAUCGCUCAGCUCUUCAGCAUCUCCCCUCAGCAGAUCAGCCAGAUCUACAAGCAGGGCCCCACGGGGAUCCACGUGCUGGUCUGCGACGAGAUGCUGCUUAAUUUCCAGGAUGAGUCCUGCUUCAUACUGGACACCAUGAAAGCAGAAACCAACGACAGCUACCACAUAAUCCUGAAGUGAGGAACCUGGCCAAUGGGAGCUGAGCUUUGCAGCGACCUCCAUGCCCCUCCCACCUCCAUUCAGUCCCACUGCCCCCCCCCCCCCCCCCCACACACAGCCCCAUCUCCAGACAGAUGCAUGCCUUUCUGUACAAAAAGAAACCUGGACACAGACAGGCUUGACUUUUUUAGUGUAUGGCGUAGUUUAUGGAUGUCACAAGCAGGGGGCGAUCUCUGUUUGUUUUAGGGUUAGAGCUGGAUGCCUUGUCUCCUACCACCGCCUCCCUUCCAAAAUAAACUCUUUCACCCACCCCUGCAAGACCUGCAGUUUUGAGUGACCAAUUAAAGACGGAUGCGGGCAUUUUAACGCGCUCAUGCAACAGGAGAUCACGGAAAUCGGGCAGUCUGGAGGGAGCAGUGCCGGGGUUGGACGAUUUAACCCCUGGCUGCCCGGACUGAGAGAGACUCGGACACCGUUCUGUGUUGGUUCGGCAGGAGCAGCGUUGCAUGUUUGGACUGAAGAAAGAAAAAAACUAAAUGAAUCUCAAUGGAACCAACAGGAAGAACUCCAUUCAAAGUUUAUUUUUCUUUGUGUGUUUUUUAACUAAUGUUUUCCACGUUGGUACGGGCCACAGAGGCUGCGUAUAUACAAAGCGUGCCGUGCAAAAAACUUUUACGGGAUUGCAAAGAAGAAAAAAAACAUAAGGAGUGUGAAAAAAAGGAAUCCUGCCUGCUUGUCUUAUUAGGGUUAGCAAACUGGUAGACUUGCCAGUGCAGACAGACAGUACUGCAGCUUUCAGCAGUGAUGGGAGAGAACUGGCACCAGGUAUGAGAUAAAUAAGGUGCAGGUUUUUAAGUUACCCCCCCCCCCCCCCCCCAUCCUCCUCCACGGAACUUUUUUUUUUUUUUUUUUUUUGUGUUUAUGUAUUUUUUUAGUGCAUCUGUGGACUUCAGCCUGACUCUUUCCCCACCGUUUGAAAAGGGGUUUAAUGUGUCGGGUUUAGUUGGGGCUCUGAUGUAAGGAGGUGCAGUUGCAUGGUAUUGAGCAUUAUGUGUUUAUGAUAUAAACUUCUACAGUGGUGCACACAGAAUACUACCAGAAUCUCUGUGUCUUUCUGUCCGAGUGCUCCCUUGCAUGUGCUCACUCGUGAAAAGUAAGUAAGUUGAAUAUAAAUAUGUAGUGUUAUUGACCUGGAGCAGGGGUGAGAGGACGUACGCCUGCAGCACAUGGCAGAUUCCUCCCACUGCAGGUUUUACUGGGGUGCAGUAUUACGCGCUGGGCCUGUGCUGUAUUGGAUCGUCUCGGUAAGCAGCUGGGUGUGGAUGAGCUAGAUGUAAAACCUGGUGAGUCUCGAGUCCGGAUGGGAUUCUGCGCAAGCACUCCCUGCGAUUUUGGACCGGCGCUGGUGAACGAAGACUGAAAGAAGCUUGUAUAAAAAAUUCACACAUCUCAUCAAAUCUUCAAAACCAUGAUUCGCUGUGUCUGGAUUGAAUGGUGGUCUUUUUAUUUAUUUUUUUUAAGUGACGUGUUGUAAGCGGUGUGUGUCGUUUCCAGUGCGUUGAGAUACGAGGCCAAAAGCACAACAACGUGGCUCAUUUGUAGGCCACCUAAAAGGCUCUUGAAUGAAGACUAAGCCUGAGGAUUUUUGGGGGUCUUUUUUUUUUUUUUUUUUAAUGAAUUUCCAAUUCGUGUUGCCUUUUAAUCGAUUCCAGUUCCUUCCAAAAGGAAUUCACCCCAGCCGUGUAAGUUUAUUAAUAGACACUGAGCGAGUCUUGCUCAACGGCUUCUUGAAAACACUGAGAAAGUCUUCAAGUCGAAACGUUUUGUCAUUUUUUAAUUCUCUUUUUUUAGUAUAUUUCUACGUACACCUCUAGGUGUUUUUUUUUUUUUUUUAUAGCCCCAGGAUUAAGCACAGGAGGUGUCCCUAGCUGUGUCCGGAGCUGUAGCGAGGCGUGUGGGACUGGCCAUGCUCUCCCUGAACUCCCUCCAGCUUGCCAUGCUCAGCGUCUUCAGCUUCAGCAGUCUUGGGAGAGAGAUCCCAGCUCCUGCACCCAGCGAGUCCCGCCUCUCAAUCUAAAGAGUGUGCACUAAGAGUUUAUUCGCCAUCCCGACCGCCCUGCUUUUGAAGCUUUGUGGAUUGGGAUUGCCGACCUGUGGACUCUCCAGCCAGCGGGAUUCGCUGCCUCCUCCCGAUCCCGAUCCACAGGAAUCCUGGAAGAGCCGCCCGGCAGACCUUGUCUCUCCUGUGCUGCUGCUGCGGAGGAACCUUCAAGCCAAUCUGAUAUUAUAUAUUGUGUGUGGGAUUCUUUUUUAUUUCUUUUUAAAAUGUGUUUAUUUUCUUUAACAGGAUUUGCAUGUAAUCACGAUGGGGAUAGAUUCUCAAAGCUAUUGAUGGCAAACUUAUAAUUAAAGCAAUUUCUAUUUUUCUAGGAAAGGAGGUGGGGGAGGGAAACAAACAAAAUGCAGCAAUUAAAAUAAAAAACAAUGUAAGAAACGAAAGAUGCUAGAGACCUGCUUCCAAUUCCCGAAUGAAAAUGACGGAGUUGUUUUCUGGUUUAAUAAUUAGUCAGGUGAUUUGGAAUAAAUAGCUUUGGGAAUCUAGCUUUGAUAACUGUUAGGAUCUGAUUUUAAUAAUUUUUUUGUAUUAUGUGUAUAGCCGUGGCAAGAUGGUGCCCCCCAAAAAAACAGGGGAGGCAGAAAAAAAAAGGCAGGGGGCUGCAGCAGUAGAAUCUUCUCAUUGUGUUCUGAUUGUGCUUUUCAUUUCUCACGUUCUACCGAAGCCAGCAGAGGGGGAAAAAAAACAGUAACCCAUCAUAGUUUAUUAGAAUAAAUUUAACUGUUCCACACUGCCAGUGUUUGUUUAAAGAAUGCACUGUAUACAACAUUAAUAUAGCAUUGCGAUUUGAAGACCACGUCACAGGGUGUGAUUUGUAAAAUUUCCAGGAGGGGGGGGUUAUAAAAUUCACAAACUACAAAACAGUAGGAACUAGUAAAGAUAUAUCAAGGUGAUACACCACUAAUAUGCUAACAUCUGCCACCAAGAAAAUAUUAUUGUCGUUUAACAUGUUUUAUUAUUAUUGUUAACUAAAAGGUAAUAACAAUCUAUGCUGUAUAAUGCUACAAACAUUAUCCGAACUAAAAACUGAGUGACGGUGUACUGUACACAGAAUUGCCAUACUAUACUGAGCUUCAAAAGAAACGUAUCACUUAUAUUUGACCAUCAAAAGAAACGUAUCACUUGUAUUUAAAUAAAAUUCACUAGAUGAGAUUGAAAAAUGACAGUGCCCUAGUCCAGCCUCCAGCAUGUCGAUCGCACGAAGGCGCUGUUGUCUUGACAGACGUGGCAUAUUGUUUUUUUUUUUUUUUUCUGUGAUUUUCUUUAUUGCUUUUAUUUAAGCUUGCAAUUCAACAUCUGAAAUCGCUCCAUAUCCAGCGUCUUAAUCAGGUGAUUAAGUGCAUCUGC